AUGGGAAUUGGCAUCAGCGAUGAGAAGCUAAGGGAAGAUGUUAACAAUUGUUCACUAUUCUUACAAAAAAAAAAACAAACGGAGCUGGUGUUCAGAGAUCUGCCCACAGCAGUAGUGACUUCUGAGAAUGAUGUGGGAUAUACAGAAAAGAAUUAUACAACUCGGAAUUUCCAGAGGACUCGCCUGUCCCUGCACCUGGUCAUCCUGAUUGCUGUGGCUUGCGGUGCUGUGGUUUUCCUUGUCAUCUUUUUUAUCAUUUGCAUUAGAAAGCCCAAAGACGCUCAAGUCUAUGAAGUAAAAUUCCAUAACUCGAGAGCAGCAGCUUCUUCAGGGUGUAAAAGUACGGAUUAUUAUGAGGAACCCAUCUCCUCCACUGAAAACAACUAUGUGAUGGAGGCCAUGAAAGACAAAAGCUCUGAAGAAAUAAAUACGAAAAAGGAUGAAUAUGACUGUGUUGGAAACACCCAGGAAUCUGUAUAUGAAAAUGUACUUAAAAAUCAAGGGCUGGGAAAUUUUGAUUUCAAAAUGGAAAGGGAACAAACAGCAGCUUUGGUUGGUGAUGAUGUCUUGGAAAAAAGUGUCAACAUGUACAUGCAGCUUAUUGCAAAUGUGGAGAAGCAAAUGAAAAUCAUUAAACUUCAGGACUGCAAAAGAGAAAUUGUGGAUUUCACACUAGAUGAUGAAACACCUCUAAAGGUUCUGGGGAAGUUGAAGUGUCAUCAGUCAGACAGAGACACCCAGUAA